UGUUGUCAGGCACAGGUCUGACAAUGCUCGGCUGCUUUGCGACUAUAGAUAAUGAAACUUAAUUAAUCAGUUUAAAAUAAAACAUACAGAUAAAUUACAUAAUGUUGCGACUUACGUUUAAAAGUACUUUCACAUUCCCUACGUUACAAUUUAGGACAGGACCUUCGUUCUGUUUACUUCCGCAUUGUUAUGCAAAGACCCGCCUUCGGAAUUUGGAUUGGCUACCUUGCCAAAAAGAACCAAUUCCGUGGUGAUGAUUGGACAGGAACUGUUAUGUCAUUUGACUGGCAAGGACUGCAGCUGUCUCGAGGAGGAAACAUUUCGACACUAGCUCUUCUUGGUAUGAGCUGUUAGGAAACAAGGAGAGCUGAGCAGUGUAUUAAUUGAAGAUGCCCCCGAUGGAUUCUUCAUGUUGAUCCCGCAUUUUUUCAAACUGCAUCGAGCGGAGGUGCGCAUCAGGAGACUGACAUCGCAGCUGACCAGAGCGGCGAUGUCCACCACCAUGGCCAACGGUGAGGCUCCUACUGCAGCCAUCCUUAUUAUUGGGGAUGAGAUACUUAAGGGGCACACUGUGGACACUAACAGUGCCUUUCUUACACGAGCGUUAAGGAAGCUCGGUGUGUCUGUGCAGCGUAUAACAGUCAUUCCAGACAUCCAGGAGGUCAUCGCCAAAGAAGUGGCUCUUCAGUCUUCACAGCACACUCACCUCAUUACCUCAGGCGGAAUCGGGCCCACCCAUGAUGACGUCACUUUUGAGAGCGUUGCUAUGGCCUUCCAAGAGGAGGUCUAUCCCCACCCUGAACUCUCACGGUUGGUGGAAGAGUUCUUCGGGGUGGUGGACAAAAGCAGCCCGGCCAUGAAGUUGGCCAUGGUGCCUCGAUCAGCCAAACUCAACUUUGGAACAGACUCGCAGACGGGAAAACCCCUUCGCUAUCCGCUGGUGAGCGUGCGUAAUGUGUAUAUUUUCCCCGGUAUACCGUCUCUAAUGGAGAGAGCAUUUAAUGGGCUGGAACACCUUUUUGCUAGUUCAGGAACCACUUUUCAUACACGCGAGGUGUUUGUGGCUGCAGAUGAAGCGGAAAUUGCCCCUGUGCUCACUAAACUGCAGGCCUCCUGGGGUCGCAAGGUUGCUUUGGGCUCAUAUCCCGACUGGUUGAGCAACUACCAUCGAGUCAGGCUGGUCCUGGACUCGAACAGCCAGGAGGAGGUGGACAAAGCCCGGGCACAGCUUAUUGAAGAGCUGCCCAAAGAAAGUGUUGUGCCUUUGGUGAAAGACCCUGUAUCCAUUGCCACCGCCGAGGUGUACAUGUUAGCCAACAGUGGCACACCGCUCGGCGAGAAAGUUGCGUCUGCACUGAAAACGGUCGAAGCGGCGCUGGAUCAGUAUUCCACGGAGGAAGUCUGCAUCGGGUUUAACGGCGGCAAGGACUGCACAGCCCUGCUGCAUCUCUACUACGCAGCAAUGAAGAGGCGCUACCCGGACAGUAAAGACAAGGUGAAAGCUCUUUACAUCCGCAUUGUCUCACCAUUCUCGGAAAUGGAGCGGUUCCUUCAGGAUACUAUAAAAAGGUAUGACUUGGAUCUGUUCGCCGUGGAGGGCAGUAUUCGGCAGGCUUUGAUCGAGGUUCAGGAGCGGAGGCCCGAACUGAAAGCCGUCCUGAUGGGCACCAGAAGGAGUGACCCUUACUCUCACACCCUCACCCCUAUGUGUCCCACUGACCCCGACUGGCCAUCCUACAUGAGAGUCAACCCGUUACUGGACUGGACUUAUCAUGACAUUUGGUCCUUCUUGAGGACUUUAUAUGUGCCCUACUGCAUUCUCUAUGAUAAAGGGUACACGUCACUGGGAAGCAUGGACAACACGUGUCGAAACGCGGCGCUGCAGGUGGUCGACAGCAGGGGUGUGAAGCGUUACCAGCCGGCUUACCUGCUGGAAAAUGAGGAAGAGGAGCGAAACUCUCGUGUGUAAUGAUGUAUCACCUGUACGAAAUCAUGGAUGUGUGUUCUCGUUUUUGUUUUUUUGUUUUUUAAUCUAAUUUAGUAGCAGAAAGAGCGGUUAAAGAAGAGUUUUGUUUGUUUGCAUAAUUGUGAAUGUUUAUGUUACUGAUCAAGUAGCUGCUGCUGAUUAAAGUCAUCUUUAUCUAUAGAUGUGUGGUUGUUUCAAAAUACAAUAGAUUCAUCUUAAGUGUGAAUUGUUGUUUUGUCAUUCAGUCUAACAAAUGACCCAGAAAAACUACUGUUUAACUACAAAUUCCUCAUGAAAUACAGAUUAACAUCACAGCAAAACAUACGUAUAUAGGCUUUAUAUAAUCCGUGAGUAGUGUUAGUGAUGUUAAGAAGAAUACAGAUCUCACUUAUAAAAACAAAUUAAAGUAAUACAUUAAGUACACUGGCAAAAAAACAGAUGCUAAACAUUGGGUUUUGCUG